AUGGAAAGACAAUCGGUUGACAUGUUCAUGGGUACCUUGCAAGGUCCUUACUACGACAGAAUGAUGGAUAGUACUUCUACUGGUUUUUCCGAGUUGGUAAUGGCUGGAGAGAGAAUUGAAGUUGGUCUUAAGAUGGGUAAAAUACAGUCAGCCAAUACUGGUAGUUCUGCAAGUCGAGUUAAUAAGAAGUCAUUCAGUGGUUACCCUAAGAAGAAGGAGGGUGAAUCAAGCAAUGCUUAUACUCAGAAAGGCCAUGGUGUGGAGAAUUGUUGGGCCCUUAAAUCCAAAGUGAAAGAAUUAUUGGAUUCUAAGGCCAUUCAGUUCACCCCUGACAACAGACCUAAUGUUAUUCAAAAUCUGAUGCCAGCUCAUACCGGACCCAUUGUUAAUGUUGUGGAAGAGGGUGAAAGUCUGAAUUUAAUCAUGGAUGUGAACCUGCUGUCUACUCCUCUUCCGUGUGUUAAGAGUUACCUAAUCCAAAAUGGUAUUUUCCUUGGGUGUUCCCCAGAUUGUCGUGAAUGCCAGAAUCAGCCAAAGGGAUGUGUUAGUCUGAAGAUUGGGAUUCAGAAUCUGAUUAGUGAAGCGCCUGCUAGGCCUACUCCCUUGACAAUCACGUUGCCUGGACCUAUUCCUUACUCCAACGAGAAUGUUGUGCCUUGGCAUUAUGGGUCAGACGUUUAUUACCAUGUAGUAAAGCAAGAAGGGAGGCUUCCCGAAGACAAACCAAGUGAAGACACAAGUUUGAAUAUUGACAACUUUGUCGGAUCUAUACAAGUUAGUACUCCAAAUGUAAUACCUGGAACUUCCUUGUCUCAAGAAGUUGAAAAGUUAUUGAGAUUAAUCAGGAAAAGUGACUAUAAAGUGAUAGAUCAUCUAAGCCAGACGUCGUCUAAAAUUUCAGUAUUGUCCUUGUUGUUGUGUUCCGAAGCUCAUAGGAAUACCCUGAUGAAAUUAUUGAGUUCUGCUUUUGUACCGCAAAACAUCACUAUCAACCAGCUAGAAGGGGUUGUGGCCAGUAUUUCAGUUGAUAACAGUUUAGAUUUUAUAGACUUUGAUCUCCCCCCAGAAGGACACAAUCAUAACAAAGCCUUGCACAUUUUUAUGGAAUGCAAAGGAACUACAUUAUCCCGUGUGUUGGUGGACACAAAAUCAUCCUUGAAUGUGCUAUCUAAGUCUACCCUAAUGAAGAUUGAUUAUGCAGGAAUUGAAUUGCGCCCCAGCGACUUGAUAGUCCGGGCUUUUGAUGGGUCUCGAAGAGAUGUUUUUGGUGAGGUAGACCUACCUGUUAAAAUUGGACCACAAGUUUUUGGUGCAACAUUCUUCGUCAUGGACAUACCACCCACAUAUUAUUGUUUGCUAGGACGCCCGUGGAUUCGUGGGGCAAGCGUUGUAACAUCAACAUUGCAUAAAAAAUGA